CCGAUGACUUCAUAUACAGACAAAGUCCGCAGGUGAAGAAAUUAUGGUCCACAGCGAAAUUAUGGCCAAACAAAACCGACUGGGGGCAUUGUGUUUGGUCUUUCUUCUACGACUUGUACCUGUUGCUGUGCAAGGUAAGUGUCUUUGUGUCGAACUCGUCUACAGUCAAUUGGUACUUUUGCCUUGUUGAGAACAGCAUUUGAAUCUCGGAUAAUUACACUGACGUUAAGUUACCGGACAGUCACAUGUUUUGGUUCCAACUUAAAAUUUUUUCUUAUUCAAGUUAACAUAAUUAAAGAUUAAAUUAAGCAAACUUUGAAUGCACGGCUUAAACAACUACAAGCUGGUCAUUUCUUUGUUACAUUAUUUUUUUUGACACUUUUGCUUAGAUUACGCUCUUUCUGUUGCAAAUCAAUCGAAAUUCUUUAGCUUUUCCAUUGUACGUGCGGCUGCCAUGGAUAUGAAAGUCCGUUCCGUCUGUCAAAAUAUUUACUUGGGCUUGAAUUUUACUAGGGUCAAACCACGUUAAUACAGACACUGAGGGGGGCAGAGAAAAUGUCCGUAUUAAGAGGGUUGAAUUUAGAGCAGAUGUAAGGGCUUUCUUUCCCUAGGGACAAAGCAAACUGUCCGUUGUUAUGAGGUGUCCAUAUUAAGCGAGUGUCCGUAAGGCUGGGUUUGUCUGUAAACUUAAUGUAAAUACCUGUUGAAUCAACAAAGCUAAAUCUUUUAAUUUCAAGAAAUUCUUUGUCGUACUUGGCUAGUCCCAAGAGUAUUCAAAAUAAUGGAGAUGAAUGCAAUCAUAAAAACCGCGCUACACUCGUUCAUAUUUCCGGAUUGAACUGAACCUUAGCACGCCAAUAAUCAGAUGCCUCCAGUAUCAAAGGCGCGUGAUUUUUAGUAACUUCCGUGCUGCAAACUUUAUAAGAACGAUUUUAACAUUUCAUUUUCUAGGACGUUUUCCCCACAUAACUACAGACCUAUUAACUAUCAAGAGUGGCGAAAAAUCAAGAAUCAAUCAAUCCUUUUGAUUUUAAGUAAUUUGUGAUAAAGUAAAAUUUGACGUUACUACGUUUCUCCAUUCGGUUCCUGAUAUGGUUGCGAUAAGAUGUCAGAAUGACUCAUCAUUGUUUCUGAUUUCGUUAGGACCGUGGGAUUAGGUAACACUUGGUAAUAUGCGGUUUGUGACAAUUAAUAUUGAACUUUUUCACCAAAUAAGUGAAUUCACGGAUUGAGUGUGAAUCAUAAGUGUCGGCAAAAUAUUUUUAUACAGUACUAUAGCAAGUACUUUCAGAAAUGGCUGUAUUCACAGGCCACUUUCAGGGAGGUGUUGUUUGUUUGUUUCUUUUUCACAUUCAGGCUUUUCGAAACUACUUUUGGAAAGUGAUCGAAUAUCAUAACAAAUGACGAAAUAAGUCUCUUAACAUAUCGUAACGUAAAAUGUGAAAUAUCAAUGAUAUUUCAUGCCCACCACACUGACUUGAAUAAACAUCUUUGUUGGCUUUCACGGCUUUCUUUGGCUUGUCAUGGUUAACCCCUUGAGAGUGAUCAAAAUAAAUUUUUUUCUUGUGGUUAACCAGCCCAAUCAAAUACAAAAGUUGUGAGGAAAAAGGAGAAGUUUCCUUCUUUAGUUAUUUUUCCGUGUGAAGAACUAUAGGUGAUAUUGGAUACCAGUGCAAUAUAAUUAAACGCGGCUCGGUAGAUAUUCCCCCAAUAUUCAUCACGAUUUCUUAGAAUAACUUUUAAUUACUGUAUUCCGAGCGUAGCGACUUUCUAAUCUCGUCGCGCGCGAAGCGCGCGCGCAGUCUGCUAACCGCGCGUGGUCUUAGCCAGCAGCAAAAUAAAAAUGAUCAGUUGUUGGAGAAAUUCUCACCAUGUGUACCAUAGAAAAUGUACGAAUAACACUAUGGAGAAAAUGCAUCCAAUUUGCAGCAACCAGCUGGCAUUUCUAAGUUACGAGUUAUCUAAUAAACAAGUCUCUAUUUGGCGCCUUCACAUUCCAUUAAUUUUAAUGGUGUUGGGGACUGUAUGGUUCUCGCUUGGCUAGUUAACGAAGGAACCGAGACUCGGUUCUUCUACAGUUGUACUUCUGUGACUUUAUUCUUUCUUUUAUUCUUUCUAGACUGCAAAACAGUCGUGUUUUUUCCUCCAAAUUAGUUUCAAGGCGUGGGUUUUCGCGCGAUCGGGCAAACGAUAGGUGUGGAGCGAGGGUGCGAACUAGUGUUUUGCAGCCUAACUAAUUUUUUCCUGGCCGACAGAAUUUUUUUAUGUUUAUUACAUGUAUCUGUGCCUAUUAUUAAUUCCAUGUUCGAAUGCCCCUAAAUGACUAAUUAAUUAUAAUGGAGAAAAUGCUUUUGAAAAAAAAAAAAGAAACCGGUCUGUAUCAUGUCUUCUUUUGUAUUACUUGUUCUUGGACUCCUCACUCACUUAGGUGAUUGUGGCUCACGCCCAUUGACUCAAGCACGUAUCGUCGGCGGUACAGAAGCAGCUGUGAACUCAUGGCCAUGGCAGGCGAUGCUACUGACAUACCGAGGCCGCACGCAGUUUUGCGGAGGCACUUUGGUCGAUCCUUUGUGGGUUGUAACAGCCGCUCACUGCGUUAUAGGCCUUAGGCCGUCAGACAUGUUUGUCAGGUGAGAACAUCAUUAUAGUAGUAAAGGGGGUCUCUUCUUCCAGUAGCCAAUCAAUGUCGAGAAUUUUGUCCCGCGUGACCGAAGGGACGCUCUCCCUGCAAAAUGAAACGGAAGACGUCAAAACAAGCCAGGCCUCACCCCUGUCAGCUAACCCCUAAAACGGUGUCCUUUGUGGUAUUCAUACGUGUAUAUGAUUGAAAGGUGACCAGUUCACUACGACUCGUUUGUUGAAGCCCAGUACUACCAUUUAGUGGUUCUUCAGUUAUGCCAGGGACCUUAAAGCUAUCAUAAAACUACUCUUAAUAAAUGAACUGAAAGAACGACAUCGACUUGGUAAUUAUAACAGCUGAAAACCCAUACAACGAACUCCUUCGUAAAGGACACCAAGGCAAAACUAACAAACCACUAUGCCUAAUUACAAAUAGCUGCUGCCCCGAGAUGAGAUCUAAAAGUACUGAGCCCAUGCUAUAGUGAACAUAUUCUUCCAGUCCCUUAGCAUCUUCUUUUCUUUUUAACGUCAUAUGGCAUUUUUAAUCUCUUUAUAGUUCUCUUGCAAAUAUUUUUCCUUAUAUGUGAGUACGACUAAAUUACACCAAUUAGGCCGCAGGACCGGACCCUUGGCCUGUACUACAGAUGCGUGGUAAACAGUUUAUUCAUCCAAGGAAAAAUUGAGAUAUAAGCAAUGAAUCGCCCCAUAUAACAUGAUGUAAGGGAAUUCGGAUUCCGGAAUCCGGAAAAUGUUUACUUGUGGAAACUGGACUCUAAGAGGGUUUUGCUUCUGGAAUCCAGAAUCCUGGGCUUUGGAAUCCAGAAUCCAAGUUCCAAUGUCAAAGACUGCAAUCCAGUACCUGGAAUCCUGAAUCCAAGAAUGUCUUGGAUGCCCUUACCCGGGGCGAAUUGAAACUUCCUAUACUAAGCAAUCGUAUUUAUAGCUUCUCCUAGCCUGCGUCCUAGACAUAAGUUUAACCUUGGUAAGUAACGUCUGCGAACACUACCGAGAUCCUUGUUCUACCCCCCCCCAACGGACUCAGGAAUUACCGGAAAUGCGUUUCGAAUUUUCUUUCAUCCUGAUUGGAAAAACAAGAAUGGUUCUUUCAACAAGCCAAUAAUGGCGCGUACUCAAAUCUUGGUACACAGGUGAGGGCCCAGAACUAGGAUUUUGGCGCUGUUUCGCUGACGGACUUAACCAGAGUUUAGUUUCGUCUGUGGCGCAGGCUAGGCUUCUUCAUGACCUGCUUUUUGACAUAAUAAAAGAUUCUUACAGUGUUCUCAAAAGUUCUCAUUAUAAAUAAAAUUGAUCACGGCAGGUAUUAAUCAGUCUACUCUGGUGACCAUUGUAACGAUAUUGUCACGCGUAUCAUUGUCACGCAUAUCACGUGUGACAAGUCAAGUUUGGACUUGCGCAGUAUGUUAAGUUAUACAUUUAUCCCGGAUGUAUUCGCAUGUGCUCCCUGAUCUUGUAAUGGCUGACAUGUUUUAAACCGGCAGUUCGUCUCCAUAAUCUCGUCUGUAGUCGUCUUCACUUAACGUUACAUGGUGUCAGAAGUAAACUGGGCGUCAAUUACAGCUCGUAGCCUCCGUCGAAGACGAUUGUGAGUACUUUCUCCAAUAUAAUCGCUCCAAUAUGCCGACAACCCCGAGCGACAACACUGGCGAAAGCGGUGAUGGUUCGGUUCCGAAUUCAUCGACUACACAUCACACGGUGAUUACAGUUCCAGUGAAUAUCCCGCUACCAGAAAAGUUAGAUUUAAGCGGCGGAAAUCUUCCUGUUAAAUGGCAACGAUUCAGUCGUGCGUGGUCGAACUACGAAAUUGCUGCUCAACUCAAAGACCCGGAAAAUCCGGAUAGGAACAAGCAACGAAGGACGGCCACCCUGCUCACCUGCAUCGGGUCGGAUGCGCUAGAUGUUAUUGACUCAAUGGAGUUUGAGUCCGAAGACCAGCGGAAAGAGCCAGACGUGAUACUUGAGAAGAUGGAAAAAUACUGCAUUGGGGAAUGCAAUGAAACCUACGAAAGAUAUGUCUUCAACCGAAGGGAUCAGGAGUCUAAUGAGUCUGUGGAUGCCUAUGUUACUGCUCUACGUAAAUUAGCCAAGACCUGCAAUUAUGGGACACUAGCCGACUCACUAAUCCGUGAUAGAAUAGUGGUUGGCAUUAAUGACAAUUCAGCUCGAAAGAAACUACUACAAGCCGGCAAACUCACCUUGAGUCAAUGUAUUGACAUUUGUAGAUCUUCAGAGACCUCCGCACGGCAACUGAAGACUAUGAAUCAGGAGGAUGUCCGUCUCGUAAAGGAGGAAAAAGUCAACCCGGCAGGCAAAAAGAAGGCGGGAGUAUCGGACAACAGGCCCCGCACUGAAUCACGAGAGUCCAGAAUGACAUGCAAAUUUUGCGCUAGGCAGCAUCCCUUCGCCAAGAAGAACUGUCCGGCUUGGGAAACACUUGCAAGAAGUGCGGCCUCCCAAACCAUUUUGCAGUCUGUUGCAGAGAAUCAAAGAAAAGGUGCUUUUUAUGGAUUUUGACUCCGAUGAUGACGAAUAUGUCGCAGAGAUUGAUGUGAAAGAGCAAGUCAAUGCACUAGCCCCCCGCAAUCACGCGAGCAAAAUUUUUGCCACCCUUCUUGUCAACGGUGGGGAGGAGAAGUUCCAGCUUGACAGCGGCUCAACUGUAAAUCUCAUGUCAGAUAAAACAGUGGAGAGACUCUGUGGUACGGGCUGUCUAAAAGACUUGGACAAAACAUCUGUGACUCUGGUAAUGUACAACCAGUCUGAGGUUAAACCGCUGGGCAAGAAACGCUUCCGGGUGACAAACCCAAAGAACAAUAAGAAGUACAGUAUUGAAUUUCACAUUGUUGGUGGAGUAAGUCCAUGCAAGUCUAUCCUGGGUCUAAGGGCCAGCAAACACCUUCAAUUGCUAACAAUCAAUGAACACAACAUCCUUGCUGUGGAUUCAAACGAUGAAGACCCUGUCAAUCUCAAGAAAGAAGACUACAUUUCGCUGUACAAAGAUGUGUUCUCUGGGGAAGGCAAACUUGCAGGCCAACUACACCUGGAAAUUGACAAGGAUGUCCAUCCAGUUCAGCUACCCACUCGGAGGGUGCCAAUUGCCCUUAAAGAGCCUUUAAAACAAGAGUUGGACAGACUGUCAAGCAUUGGAAUGAUCCUGAAGGUCGACACACCUACUGAGUGGAUCUCAGCCGUAGUGGUCACAACAAAGAAAAAUGGCAAAGUAAGACUGUGUAUUGAUCCCAAACCACUGAAUGAGGCCCUACACAGGAAUCACUACCCCUUGCCCACAAUAGAUGACGUACUCCCGCUGCUAUCCAAGGCCCGUGUGUUUACAGUGCUUGAUGCGAAAAACGGGUUUUGGCACAUACAACUAGAUGAGCCAAGCAGCUAUGCGACCACCUUUGGAACACCAUGGGGUAGAUACCGUUGGCUUCGAAUGCCAUUUGGGCUUUCUCCUGCUCCAGAGGAGUUCCAGCGGAGAAUUGAUAUCGCUCUCGAAGGUCUCCCCGGACAGAAGGCCAUUGCUGAUGACAUCCUGGUGUUUGGAUCGGGAGACACAGAUGAAGAAGCCUUCAGGGAUCAUGAUCGCCACCUGAAGGAGGUGUUCACCCGGUGCCAGCAGAAGGGCAUCAAGCUAAACGCUGAUAAGAUGCAGUUCAGACAAAAGCAAGUGACCUACAUGGGUCAUGUGAUAUCAUCAGAGGGUCUUGGAGUGGAUCCGGACAAACUGAAGUCCAUCAACGAAAUGCCACCCCCCACUGACAAGCAUGGUGUCCAGAGAAUCCUAGGAAUGGUGAACUAUGUACAGAAGUUUGCACCAAACCUGGCAGAUGUGGCUAAGCCCCUUCGAGAUCUUGUGAAGAAAGAUAAUGAGUUUCUUUGGGAGGAAGAUGUCCACGGAAAGUGCCUGGAGGAUGUAAAGCGGGUUCUAACGCAAGCGCCGGUACUCAAGUUCUUUGAUCCACAAAAGAAGACAGUACUGCAAUGUGAUGCCUCCAUGAGCGGUCUUGGAGCAUGCCUAUUACAGGAUGGACACCCCAUCGCGUACGCAUCCAGGGCCCUAACUCCAGCUGAGACUAACUAUGCUCAGAUAGAGAAAGAGUUGCUGUCUAUUGUCUUCGGUGUUGAACGGUUUGAGAGUUACGUUUAUGGUAGAAAGGUCUUCGUUGAUACUGACCACAAACCUCUGGAAUCUAUUAUGAAGAAGAGUUUGCUGAGUGCACCUAAGCGUCUGCAGAGAAUGUUGUUACGUCUUCAGAAAUUUGACCUCGAGGUCACCUACAGAAAGGGCAUCGAGAUGCACAUCGCAGAUCCCCUUAGUAGGGCGUAUCUCCCACUGCUCAAGCAAGAGGAAGACACCAAGGAAGAUGUGUGGGAGUGUUGCUGAUGAAAGAUCACCAACAGAGAUCGAGACUGAGUAUGUGAACAUGGCUGAGUUUGUGCCCAUUCGACAAACGACCCUAUGUGACAUCAAAUCUGAAACUGAGCUGGACGCUGAUCUGAGUGCAUUAGCCACUAUGAUCAAACAAGGCUGGCCAGAUAACAAGACAAAUGUGCCCCCAAGUUGCAGAACUAUUUCCCUUUUAGAGAAGAGUUGUCUUUACAGAAUGGAGUUGUAUUCAAGGGUGAACGAAUUGUGGUUCCACUUACCUUGCGAGAUUGCAUUAUCGACAAAGUUCAUGCUAGUCACCUGGGCAUUCAGGGAUGUCUUAGAAGAGCUCGAGACGCUUUCUUCUGGCCUGACAUGAGCAAGCAAAUCACCGAGUUUAUCUCAAAGUGCAGUAUCUGUAAUAGUUACAAACCAGAUCAGCAGAAGGAGCCCUUAGUAUGCUAUGAAAUACCGUCAAGGCCUUGGCAAAGCAUCUCGGCUGACCUGUUUGAGCUCCACGGCUUUGACUACCUGGUUACCACUGACCGUUAUUCCAACUUCUUCGAAGUGGAUGUGCUGACGUCUAAGACUUCUAAAGAAGUUAUUGAUAAGCUUAAGCCCCAUCUGGCUAGAUACGGGCUUCCAGACCAAAUUACUACAGACAAUGGACCACAGUUUGACUGCAAAGAGUUCCAGCAGUUUGCAGAGCAGUACCAGUUUGAACACAUUAGGACCUCGCCGCGGUACCCCCAGUCCAACGGCAAGGCAGAGAAUAGUGUUAAAACAGCAAAGCAAAUCCUAAAGAAGGCUUUUGAUGCGGGACGUGACCCACAGUUGUCGCUACUGGACUUUAGGAACACACCAUCGGAGGGAUGGACAGCUCCCCUGCACAACGUCUCUUCUCACGCAGAACCCGAACUUCCCUACCCAUAGCUAGUCAGUUGCUGCAGCCACAGUUGGUCCCUGAUGUGGGCGACAAGUUACAAGAGAGAAAAAUGAAACAAGCCAGGUAUUACAACAGAGGAGCCAAGGUACUACAGCCUCUACAAGAGGGAGAUGUGGUGCGAGUCCGACCCCUUAAUCGCCGGUCGAAAUGGUUCAAGGCCCAAGUUGAUCAGCACAUAGAUGUGCGCUCCUACAAUGUUCGCACUGAAGAUGGUCGACUUUAUCGCCGCAACCGUUCCCAUCUCUACAAGGUUCCUGAGAGGUACCAACCAAACCAUGAUGAAGAGCUGGUGUUAACUAAGUUGUCUACGCCGGAACAGCCUGAGGGUGCAUGUCAGUUGCCUUCAGCAUCCCCUGUAUUGCGGUUGCCUUCUGUAUCUCCCACACCACGGAUGCCUCAUGUUUCAGAUGUACAACCUCCUACCAAUGGUCUGCCAACGGAUGCCCAACCAAGGGAAGUUACUGAUCCUGCUCCGGUUACGACUAGAAGUGGCAGAAUUGUUAGGAAACCUGCUUAUCUGAAAGACUUCUGUGUCUAGUGUGAUAUUGAACAUUGAAUUGAAUUGAAUUCAAUAUUGAACGAUGAAGAAAGGGCAUUGGUUGGUUAUCGACCAGUUUUGAACAGUGAACAUUAUAGCUAGUUUCUGUGCCAUUCCCAAGUUUCCUUUGGGCUUGUUUGUUACACAACAGUGAGCGUUGAACUUCAUAGUUAGUUCCUGCACCAUUGCUAAAGCUUCCUUUGGCUAUUGGUGUUUUGUUUUGUUUUGUUUUGUUUGGUUUCUUUUGUUUCAUUUAAACGAAGGGAGAUGUAACGAUAUUGUCACGCGUAUCAUUGUCACGCAUAUCACGUGUGACAAGUCAAGUUUGGACUUGCGCAGUAUGUUAAGUUAUACAUUUAUCCCGGAUGUAUUCGCAUGUGCUCCCUGGUCUUGUAAUGGCUGACAUGUUUUAAACCGGCAGUUCGUCUCCAUAAUCUCGUCUGUAGUCGUCUUCACUUAACGUUACAACCAUUGCAGCUUUAACUAGUCAGGUAGACUGAAAUCUGUGACAACAACUAUACACGAUAAAACUAUAUUUGAUCAUUAAAUAAUAGUCUUAAACUUGAUAAUUAUGUAUCAUAAUUAUUAAUAACAAUGCAUGUAUUUAUGACCAUUUUUUCUUUUUCUCAUUUUUAAUAGAAUGGGAGCCCACUUUAGAGUAAAUGGUACUGUGGGUUCAGAACAGGAUAUAAAUGUUUUAGAAAUUAUCGUACACCAGGAAUACGGCAGGCAACUCUUCUACAGCAACGAUAUCGCUCUUCUAAAACUGGCAAAAGCAGUUAACCUCAACAAUCAAGUAGGAGCCGCUUGUCUGCCGGAUAUGAAUCUAUCCCCCGUCGGCAAAACAUGUUGGAUCACUGGCUGGGGUACACUGUAUUCAGGAGGAAUUCAACCAAACACCUUAAUGCAAGCUCAAGUACCCGUUGUUUCCAAACAAGUUUGCCUGCUAGCCUACCCGAACCAACUUGAUGACACUAUGGUCUGCGCAGGUACCAGGUUCGGUGGCGUGGACGCCUGUCAAGGUGACAGUGGCGGACCGUUGGUCUGUGAGUUUAGCGGCAGGUGGUUUCUUGAAGGAAUCAUUAGCUGGGGAAGAGGGUGUGCAGCUCCGAACACUUACGGGGUAUAUGCAAAUGUUCGCGUCCUUUUGCCAUGGAUUAAUGUUAAUAUUAACCGCACUAACAGAUCAGUAGCAGCAAGCAGGAUCUCUGCGACACUUUUAGGUAAGUAGACAGUGUGACUGAUAAAAACGCGAAAAUAGACGUUUUUUUUUUCAAAACAAAAAACCUCACCCACAGCCCUUAACUGUCUACAUACACUCAAAAAAAAUCCCAAAAAAUGAUGAAAAUGCUGAAAAUAAAGUGGAACCUAGAGCCACCGUAGAGUGAAAACUUUGAACAUCUUACGGAAUUAUUUUUUUUUCUCUGUUCGAGUAUGCAGUGGAGAAAUGCGUCAUUAGUUUUGAGUAUAUAUUAAAACAGUGGAUAGUGUUUUUCGCGGGUUCUGAUUGGCUUCUCAAACUUAGGAAAUGCAGUGCUAUUCAACACCGAACGACAAUUACGAGCAAAAUGUCCUUCCGGUUUGCAGCCGUAACAAACGAGGAAAUUUCACAAGUAAACGAAUCGAAGAGGGGAUGAAAUUCGGUUUGGCAGGUUUUAACACGUAAUGCUUUGUCCGUUUAACCUGAAUUACUGAAUCGAUGAAACCGGUGAAAAAUUUCCUUUUACAAAUGCAAAUUAAGUCUUGUUUUCAGAAAUAUGCUUAAGACCACUUCUUUUACCGGAUGGUUUCAAAUGCAAAAAGAAUUCACAACUCUUCUUGAAGAAAUGCCCUCCUAAGAACUAAGCAAAUGGCUUCAUUGUUUCCUCGGGAAAAAAAGUUGCGGCUGUUCUAUCAUUUGCGUGACAUAUUGCAAUCGUCGGCAGUAAUAAAUGACUUAAAAACCAUUAUUUUUAAUGUUCAAUUAUCCCACUGUUUUAGUACAUUUACCUCGCCGCUUCGCUGCUAGGUAACCGCCAACUACCUCUACUUCAGGGUAUAACUGUUAUUUACUCAAUGACAUUAACAUUAUAUUUUUUCAACUAAUUCUGACAAGCUCGCGUGCCUGUGUAGCCUCCCACGCAGACGUUCGUUGGGGUUUGCCCCUCGGGCAGGAACGCGAGACGAACCCCGUAAGAACGUCUGUGUCGGAGGCUAGCCCGUGUGACUUGGACGGUGGCGUCAUUUUCAGACCGGAAUCCUUCAAGUUUUUGCUUUCUUGUACAUAACAAGGCUAAAGUUUUUUAUUUAAACCUUACUGGGAUUACCAAACUUGAAUAUGCAAGAAAAAUUGAAAUGAAUUCUGGUCUUAGUAGUAAAAAGACAUCAUCGUGCAAAUGGGGCUAUCAUCGCUCAACAAUUUUACUGUUAUUUCAAAGGUACAACCCCGGACAAAACCUGUUAAGACAAAUCGCGAAAAUGCCUAUUUUUUCCUAUCAUCCUGGCAAAAACUGAAACCUCCGCCAAAUGAAUGCCCGAUUUCCUCCCUCCCCUUAUUCAAAGUUGUUUAGGAUAGUAUGGCAAUUAUACACGUUGGUUUUUAGACCAAGACAACUUUGAAUAGGGGGUGGGGAGGAGGCUUACUUUUUCUGUUUAGAGGAGACAGGAGUAGGGUUCAAAAGUUAGAAAAUAGACGUGUGGGGGCGUAUUUUCUCGAAAACAGAGGGAAAAAACCUCCGUUUUUGGAAAUAGUCUGCCUUACAGUUUGCAAUUACAACCAAAACAAACAACUUAAAAAUAGCUUUUUUGGCAAAGAGUUUAACUGAGAAAUUUCGGUGUUCUAAUAUUGAACUUUUUGUUUCAAGGCAGUGCAAGCAUGUCCCGCAGUUUUACCUUGGGGAUUUCACCGUCAAGCAGUUUUUGGCCUUCAGCUAUUACGCCGCCAACGUCAACUUCAGUUUCUGUGGCUGUUUCCAUGUCUGUGAUCGGUGUUGGCCCACUUUCUGAACGAGAUUCUUCAAGUAUCUCUCCUUCAGAUGUCCAGAGGAACAUAUCGCCGUCUCCAGUACCAAAAGCUAGGACGAUCAAUAAUAUUCUUCUCAUUGGAAAAUUGAUCUGGAUGCU